UAGACAACCACUCUCUCUCUACCUAUCUAAUAACAAAAUGCAGCUGAGAUUGGGCUCAACGGAGAUGGACCUAGGCUUGAGCCAGGGCAUGGACGAGUGGGUUCAGCAAGUGGCCGGCGAAAGUGCAGUGGUUGUCUUCAGCGACCAAGGGUGUUGCAUGUGCCAUGUGGCGAGGAGCCUGUUCUCGAGCCUUGGGGUGAGCCCAGCGGUGCACGAGAUAGAGGAAGGGUGGCGUGGCGACGAGGUGAGGGCGGCACUCUGCCGGAUUGCUGGAGGGGUGGAGGUGGCCUUGCCGGCUGUGUUUGUGGGGGGGCGGCUUGUCGGCGGGCUGGAGAGAGUGGUGGCUUGCCAUAUCAGUGGCGGUCUUGUGCCCCUCUUAAAGGAGGCUGGGGCGCUUUGGUUGUAGAGAGAGAAAGAGAGCCAUAGACAAGUUUUGAUUUGUACAUAAAAACUUCUCUCUCUUUGUCCUUCUGUUCCUCUCAAAGGUUUGGAGAGUGGACGUCCCUCUCUCUCUCUCUCUCUCUAGGAGUAGGCGUUUUUUCUGUCUAGGAAGUUGGUGCAGGUUUCUCUCUCUGUCUUAUGUUUUGGAGAGUCAUUCCAUCUGGUACUUUCUCUCUCUACAUUGAAGUAAAUCUCUCUCUUCGAUUUGUCGCUUUUGAAUACAGUGUAAAUUGCACACAGGUUAUACUUGGAUGAA